UUAUACAAAAGUGGCUCCAUAUAGCAUUUGACAACCUACCAAAAAACAACCUUAAAAUGACGUAUCUGCCACUAUGAAUUAAGAUCUGAUCCUAAAAAGCUUCUUCAUUUGGGAAAGUACAGUAAUAUCAAAAUCGGAUAGAUCCAUUCGCGUUUCUGAUUCUAAACAAGUUGGAGUUUUUUGAAAGAGAAAUAUGUCAAUGGCUGCGUUUAUUAAGCUGGAAGAUUCUCCUAUGUUCCAGAAACAAGUGCGGUCUGUUGAACAGAAUACGGAUGAGCUUAGAGAUCGAUGUCAAAAGCUAUACAAAGGCUGUAAGAAGUACAUUUCUUGGAGAAGCGCACAAUGGGGAUAUCAUCUUUGCCGAAUCAUUAGAGGCAUUUGGUGGUGGUCUAGACGACCCUCUCAGUGUGUCCCUUGGAGGUCCAAUCAUUACGAAGUUCAUCACUGCGUUGCGUGAGCUUGCUACAUACAAGGAACUUAUCCGAUCUCAAGUAGAACAUGUGCUCGUGGAUCGCGUGAGCCAAUUUUUGUCUGUUGAUUUGCAGGAUGUAAAGGAAUCUCGUCGCCGGUUUGAUAAAGCUGCAUCCACUUAUGACCAGACACGUGAAAGGUUUGCUUCUCUGAAGAAGAAUGCACGGGAUGAAGUUGUUGCUGAAAUAGAAGAAGUAAGCCCUUUCUCUGAAAAAGGUUCUCUUUGUGGAUUGUUCAUCCUCAUGUCUCUCUCUUUCUCUCUAACUUGAUAAUGUAUAACCCAAUGACAAUUAAUACAUGU